AUGAACAUCGGACAGCCGCCGCCGCACGACGGCAUGGGCGUCGCCAAAGAGCCGUCCGCGUACGUGGGCGGCACGCCCGACAUACCUCCAGACAUGGCGCUUUUGCUCCAGAAACUCGAAAACGACUUUGCCGCCGCCUCCAUCGACCAGUGGACCUACAUCAACCGACGCGAGGAAAUCAUGCGGCUGGUGCAGCGGCUCCACCAGCAAGUCCGCCCUGCAAACGAGGCCGUGCAGACUCUCGAGCCGCCUUUGCUUCCCCGCAAGCCCAGCGACUAUGCUUCGUUCGCCAAACACAGUCUUGUGGAGCUUCUCCGCAAGCGCGCCGAGUCGGCAAAGACAGACUUGGCCAUGGUGGCGCUUGACGCGCGCGGCAAGGAGGCCCAGUCCAUCACAUGGGAGAAGAUGUUUUUGAAAGCGGCCAAGGUGGCCCACGAGGUGAAGCACCGCACCAGCGGCAAGCUGGGCGCCGCCGUGGUGUUGCUCUACCGCCAGACAGAGGUCUGCGAGUUCACCGUGGCGCUUUUCGGCUGUUUCCUCGCCAAUGCCACCGCCAUCCCAAUCCACCUGGACAUUCUGCUCGCAGAGAUGCUUGACAUUGUUGGCGUGGCGUCUGCGUCGCUCGUGCUCAUGUCCGAAACCAUGUACAAGGAAAUCGACAAGCUUCCGGCGCCGGACUUUGUGUGGCCGGCCAAAGUGGCUCGUCUCCGCACGUCAGACUUGGGUUCUGCCCGCAAGUCGGAACAGGAACACAUUUUGGCCCGCCACAAGGAAAACGACUUGGCCUACGUCGAAUACGCCCGCUCGCCCGUCGGAGAAUUGCGUGGCGUGGCUCUCAGCCACAGAACCGUGUUGCACCAGAUGAACUGCCUCGCCACUUCUCUCCUGAGCGUUCCUUCGGGCGGCGACCUUUGCACGCAGCGAAGGCUGUUUUUGGCCACCGUCGACGUGCGCAUGUCCAUUGGAUUGAUUGUGGGCGUGAUGUUUUCCGUUUACUCGGGGAACAUGUUGGUAUGGGCCCCUCCCAAAGUCAUGGAGGUCCAAGGUCUCUUUGCACACAUUGUCUCGAAAACUCGGGCCAACUUGCUUCUCGCAGACUUCCUCGGCUUGAAGCGGGCAACAUACGACUACCAGCAGGCACCCAAUGCUACACGGUACUUUUCAAAAGCGCAGCGAGUGGAUUUCUCCCCGCUUCGCUGGGUUUUGAUCAAUGCACUCACUGUCGACGGUGAGUUUGUCGAGGUGCUCACAGAACGGUACCUCAAACCUUUGGGUUGUCUCAACGCAUACAAUGCCAUCAUCCCCAUGCUUACGUUAAGUGAAUAUGGAGGAAUGGUGGUGUCGAUGCGAGACUGGCUCGUGCCGUCCGCAAACAAUGACCUCUCUUGCGUCUUCAUCGACAAGGAACUGUUGGCCCGAAACAGAGUCUGCGUGGUUGAGGAAGCGCCAGACACACUUCGCGUCGACGCGUUUGGGUACCCUUUGCCUGACGCCACAUUAGCUGUGGUGAAUCCCGAGCUGGCCACUUUGGUGUGCCAGGGAGAAUUGGGAGAGCUCUGGAUCGAUAGUCCCUGUCUACUGGGCGGUUUCUACGGCCUUCGCAAAGAGUCUCGACAGAUUUUCCACGCCAAAUGCCGGGACGCCAAUGGCGUUUUGGAACAGGACUUCCUUCGCACAGGACUUCUCGGAUUCACACAUCAAGGGAAAGUCUACGUAUUGGGUCUCUACGAGGAUAGAAUUCGGCAACGUGUGAGCUGGGUGGACCAGAAAUUGUACCGUCUGCGAAAGCAAGCAAUCACGGGAGGCACGCGCUACCACUAUUCUUCACAUCUAUUGGCAACUUUGGCCUCCGAGGUGCGCCAGGUUCACGAUUGUACGAUAUUUGAUGUUUUCAUCGGCAAUGAGCAUUUGCCUGUCGCCAUCGUCGAGGCAGAGAUCCUUCGGCGAGUGAUUGUAGAUGAUCCAGCAGGUGGAGGCUCCAAAUCAGGAAAGAAAUUUGAUUACAGCGCUGUUCCCUUGAAUGAACCCAUGUUGAAUGCAAUUGCGCAAAAAUGCUUUGACACUUUGAGCUCACAUCACCAGCUUCGGCUUUUUUGCGUGGUUGUUGUUGAUUGCGACACGUUGCCCAAAAUCAUGCGAAGUGGUGGUUUAGAAAUCGCUAACAUGCUCUGCAAGAAAAAGUUCUUGGAAGGAACCCUUAAGGCCGAGUUUGUCAAGUUCUUCGUGCGCCAAUCAGUAAGUAUGGUGCCAUAUGGUGAAGACAUAAUUGGCGGUAUUUGGUCACCAUAUGCUUCACAACUUCGAAGCCUGUCGCUCCAGCGGUUUCCACCCCAAAUUUCAACAAUCGACUAUCGGCCUAAAUCAUUCGAUGACAAAACUGGUGCUCCUCUCACAGACUUUAAAUCUAUUCUUGAUGUGCUCAAGUUCCGUGUUGCGAACGCAGGAGACGCUAUUGCUUUCCAGAAUAUUGAUACCAGCGGGAAAGGCUCAUCAAAGCCUCUUACAUGGAAAAAAUUCGAGCUCCGUGUUUAUGCUGUUUGCCAUUACAUGAUUGAAAAAAUCAACAUUCGUCAAGGACAGCAUGUCAUCUUGAUGUAUUCGUUGUCCGAGGAGUUCGUGAUCGCCUUGUAUGCGUGCUUGAUGUGCGCUGUAAUCCCGAUUCCGAUGCUACCGUUUGAUUCGAACAGGAUCGGCGAAGACUUUCCGGCUUUUGUCGGUGUCACAAAGGAUUUCGAUGUACUGGAGGUGUUUAUCAACGACGACGUUGAGCGAUUCAUGAAAACUGGUCCUAUAGCUGAUGCAUUAAAAAAGAUAAAUGCCCGCCGUGCCAAGCCGCUCCGGCUUAAAAACACUUCGAAGCUAUCCAAGGUGGCCAACGUUGCCAGCCUUCUUUCAAAGAUUGCAAAGUAUCAAGCAGCAGCCAAUUUUAGAGACCCAAACACAACAAGUUUGAUCUGGCUCAACUUUACUUCCGACCAUUACAGAGUGGGUGCUGCCCUAAGUCACGACAAUAUCAUGCGUAUCUGCAAAGUCUUCAAAGAAACAUGCAAUUUAUCAUCAAGCUCCUCUAUUGUGGGCUGUGUACGGCAUGCUGCUGGUAUCGGGUUCGUUCAAGCAGUUUUACUUGGCGUGUAUUUGGGUACAACUACAUACCUCAGUUCCCCUGUGAAUUUCGCAGAAAAUCCCUUGGCAUUCUUUUUGGCUCUUGUAAAAUACAAGGUCAAAGAUGUGUUCGUGACAGAGCAGAUGUUGAAGUAUUCUGUGACCAAAUUUACCCCGAAGGGCUUUGAUCUCCUGCGCUUGAAGAAUAUGAUGAUCAGUACAGACGGACGAGUGGAGAUUGAUCUACUACGUAAACUUGCCAAAAUAUUCCAGCCCACCAAGCUAGGCGCUGCCGCCAUGUCUGCAGUUUACAACCACUGCUUCAACCCAAUUAUUUCAGCCCGGUCUUAUAUGACUGUGGCACCUGUGGAUCUUUUCUUGGAUCCUGUUGCAUUGCGCCAAGGCUAUGUUUCUGUAGUGAACCAAGCAGAGUACCCCAACGCAUUGCGAAUUCAAGAUUCGGGAAUGGUGCCAGUGUGCACUGAAAUAGCGAUUGUGAAUCCAGAGACCAAUAAAGUCUGUCGUGAGGGAGAAUUUGGCGAGAUUUGGGUGUGUUCUGAGGCGAACAUAAAGUCGUUCACAAACGGUCCCAAGGGUCCAGUGGACAAUUUUGUGAAAACCCAGUUUCUUGGGAAAAUUGCUGACGGAAAUCAAGACUUGACUUACUUGCGAACAGGCGACUUGGGAUUCCUCCACCACAUAUCCAUAUCAAAAAAUACACCCGGGGAGGCGAAAGGAGAGGAGCUCACGAAUUUCCAGCCUCUUUUCGUGUUGGGAAAAAUCUCAGACACCUUUGAGGUGAUGGGAUUGCAUCAUUUCCCAAUAGACAUCGAGUCUACCAUCGAGUCGUGUCACCCAGACAUUUACAAAAAUGGUUCAUGCAUAUUCAAAUGCUCUGAUUACACGAUUGUCGUGUGCGAGGCCAAGAGAAGCCGGAAUCUCUCUGCCUUGGUGCCGAUUAUAGUCAAUACUGUGUUCAGCAAACACCAUUUGAUCGUGGACAUUGUUGCAUUUAUUAAAAAGGGCGAGUUCCCCAUUUCACGCCUUGGCACCAAGCAACGGGCACGUAUAGUGGAUGCUUGGGUACAGGCAGUGAUUCCGCUCCUUGCGCUAUUCGGCGUAAAUUACGGCGAGAAUUCCAUGAUCAAAUUGGUGAAAGAAAUUGACCGCGUGAACAGAGAAGAUCCUGUAACAGGACUCCGGAACCCUGCGCGAGCAUACUAUGACGAAAGUGCGGAUGACAUUUUCAACGGCUCGGGCGCAGGGCUCAACCUAAAUAUCACGAACGACAUGCCUCCGCAACAUAAGGCGACGUUCGAUGUUUUCGGUGACGACAGCUAA